AUGGCAAUUCAGACUAUCACUUGGAUGAGCGCCUUCCUCUGCCUCGCGCAAGUUUUCUCGAUGCCCAUGCCUUGCCAGCUUCAACGACAUCUUGUGGGAACAACCUACAUUCUACUGAGAGACAUGGGGGGCCAUUUUCCUCUGGAGUGCCUGCAGGAGAAUGUCUUCAUGGCAUUCCCAGCCACCGCAUUUGCAACUGCCGGCGCGCCACAGUUGAGCAGCAGUGGUGCUAAGGCUGUUUAUGAGACAUUGAAGAACAUCGACACAUUGUUCGGAACUGACGAACUGCCGACAAUGUGGGACCAACAGAAGUUGGAGUAUUUUCAGAACAUUAUCUACCGUCAGAUUGAAGAGAGCGAGUGUAUGAGCAGUGUGGAUACAAGUGAUUAUCCCAUCAGGGCAGAGGGCCUGAAGACAUACUUUGGGAACAUUGCAGCAGUUUUAAAAGAAAAGAAUUUCAGUUACUGCGCCUGGGAAGUGGUUCGAAAAGAACUCCUGUACACCCUAGAAUUCAUUCUGAAACACACCUCUGACAGCCUUCUGUGGUCCAACAGAACAUGAAUUUGAACUUGCAGAUCUUUUUUACUAAUGUGUUU